AUGGCCCUCGAGACGAUCCGGGAAGCGCAGCGGAAGGACGCCCAGCGCCGGAGACGGCAGGCGGAGGCUGCGCGGCUGCACGCGCUGGAGGACGACGACAGCGGCGCGGCGCAGGACCGCGAAGAAGGGGAGGACGACGCCGAGCAGGAGGAGGACGAUGACGGGGACGCGUCGAGGGAGGACUCCGAGGAGGCACGGGAGGAGCUGGCGAGGCGGGUCGAGCUGGACACGAGGAAGGCGCUCGCUCGCAUGCGGGCGUUUGCGGGCGGGGACCGCGGCGAGACGCACCAGCGCCCGCGCCGCCGCGGGACGAGGCUCCUCGCCGACGGCCCGCGCUCGGGCUCCGAGGCGUCCGGCGGCAGCAUGGACGACUUCGUGGUCGAGGUCGCCGACUCCCCCCCCGAAGUCCCCCCGGGGCCUCCUGCGCAGGUCCCGCGCACCCGCGCGAAGGAACAGUCGCGGAUGCUCGAUCGGCCGCCACCGGCGGGGCCCGAGCAGGAUGACGACGCGCAGGCGUUUCGCGCGCUGUCCGGCAGUGAGGACUCGGAGGAGCUACCAGCGGUGCGGCGUUUCAGCGGGACAGCGCGGGUGGCCGGGGCCGCGCGGACGCGUCGGAGAGGGACGUUGGAGGCACGGGGGGGUCGCGUGGCGGCGUCGCCGGCGGUGGUGGACCUGGAGGAUUCCUCGGAGGACCGGGGGGGUGCCGAAGACGGCGGGCGGAGUGAGAGCGAUGUGGAGGUGGUGGACGAGGACGACGGAGCGGGGCGCGGGAACGUGUUCGUGAACGAGGACGGCAUCACGAACGAGGAGCUCGACGGCUCGCCGGGGUUCCCGCAGCUGGGGGGCAGUGAUGAUUCGUCCGACGACGACAGAGGGGAGUCUGGCGAGGGGCACGCGCGGAGCGGCGACGGCGACAGCGGGAUCGUGUACGCGCAGAUGGACGACGAGACGCAGCGCGAGAUGGACGCGAUGCUCGGCGGGCGCAACGUCCCCGAGGAGCAGGCCUUCAAGGCGUUCUUCGAGGCGGCGAUCGGGGAAGCGCUGUACAGAGACUUCUGGGGCAGCAUGUAUCCGAGGGAGCGCGAGCAGCUGCGGCGGACGGUGGAGCGUGCGGAGCAGAAGCUGUCGGAGCUGCGCAACCUGUGCGUCACGUCGCAGGCGUGGUUUGGGAGGAACGUGCACCCGGACUUUGUCGCGGCGCUGCACCUGCUGCCGAUGAUGGACGUGCACGAGGAUCCGCCGGACGGCGACGGCGAGGGGUGCGAGAUCUGUGGGCGCAGCAGCCACCCCGCGAGCAGCACGGUCACGCUGUACGGCCGGCCGUACGUGGCCAAGAUCGCGCGGGACGUGGAGAUGUCGGAGAUCAAGCGGCGGAUGGAGGACACCAUGAACCGGUGGGAGGGGCGGCAGCGAACGAUGGAGUUCGCGGCGGGGAGGUACUGCAAGGUCCGCGUGAUGAUGUACCACCUGCUGUUCCACCACAAGAGGAACGUCGUCGCGCGCACGCGGCGCAGCCUGUUGGCGCUCGCCGGCGGCGCGGACGCCGGGUUCGAGGAGCUGCAGGGGGCGCUCGAGAAGCUGGCGGCGGAGGGGGCGCGGGGGCGCGGGACGCUGCACAGGAUGUGGGUCGAGACGGAGAAGCUGAUCCGGCUCGUGCGGCGGUGGAUGGCGGACGGCAGCGGCAGCAGCAACUCGUGGCGGCAGAACUACCAGAAGGUGUUCCCGCACCUGCAGGCGCUGCAGCAGAAGGCGAUGGACCAGCUGCGCGGCGAGGACUGGGUGCCGCCCGGCCGGCUGUUCCCGCACGUCGCCGAGCCGGAGUCGGAGGGCGACGACGCUGAGGAGGCCGGAGACGUCGUUAGCGCGCAGGAGGAGGAGGACGAAUAG